CUUCAGUCUUCUAUUCUUCUUCCUCAAAGCUCAGUUAAUUUUACUUUCUCGAAAUAAAUAAAAUUUUAAAACCCUAGAUACUUCUCAGAAAUAAUGGGGAACUGGUUCCACAAAGAACCGCCGCCGCCUGUGGUUCUUGUCCCUCCUCUCUUCGAGUUCCCUCCUCUAGCUGCCCGUACAAGGAUGUUGGAAACCUCCUACAAUAUGUUGUUUGGGAAGCUAGCUUUGAAAUGCUUAUUCGAAGAUUAUUUUGAAGAAGCUAGACAUUUUAAUACUAUUAUUAUGUUGAAACCGAUAGAUGAUCCUCAUGUUGAUUUAAUGGCCACCCUUUCAGGCCCAGUUGAUCAUAAACCUGAUGAAAGAAUUGUUGGAAAUGCGUUAUUUCGUUGGCAAAAUGACUUGGAUGAUCCUCAUACAUUCAUGGACCUUUUUGUAUCAAACUCUGAUCCUGUUUUGCAGAUGAGGUCUUGUGCUUACUUUCCUACAUAUGGUUUUGGGGCAUUUGGCAUUUUGCCGUUGUUAUUUAAAAAAAGAGUAACUGCUGAAGAUUACGGUGUCAUGGGAUUGAGAUAUGGAUCCGAAAGGUUAUCAGCCGGAGUCACAGUUAUGCCAUUUGCCAUUAAAGAUCAAUUGCCAAGGAGUGCAUGGCUCGUAAGCAAGUUGGGAAGGUUGACUUUUGGGGUUCAAUACAAGCCACAAUAUGGAAGCAAAGAUGAGAUGAAAUAUAAAAAUAUGUUGAACUGGAGCUGUGCAGUUGGUUAUGGAAUAGGAUCGGGCAGUCUCUUGAGUCCAUCAUUUAAUUUUGGCCUUGAACUUGCCAACAGUUCUCAGUUCAUUGCAUCAUUCUAUCAACAUGCGGUGGUCCAAAGAAGGGUGAAGAAUCCCUUUGAAGAAAGUGAAAUAGUUGGAAUAACAAAUUACAUCGACUUCGGAUUUGAAUUAUGCACAAGGAUGGAUGACACUAAAACAUCAAACACCAUUCCUGAUUCCACCUUUCAAUUAGCUGCAUCUUGGCAAGCCAAUAAAAACUUCUUGCUGAAGGGAAAGUUGGGACAUAUCAGCUCAUCACUAGCUUUGGCAGUGAAGUCAUGGUGGAAACCUUCGUUCACUUUCAGUGUUUCCGCAACUAGAGACUGUGUUUCUGGAACUACUGCUUACGGUUUUGGCCUCCGUGUAGACAACUUACGAGAAGCCAGCUAUCAAAGAGCUGAUCCAAAUUAUGUAAUGCUGACGCCAAACAAGGAGCACCUAGCGGAGGGCACUGUUUGGAAGAUUGGAAACAGACCAAUGCUAGAGUCGGAUGUAAAUGCAGGAAAUUUCGAUCAGUUGCCAAAGGAAUUGAGACCCCAAGGAAGAAUUUUGUAGAUUCUACUUCUGCUAUAGUCAAUUCUCAAUUGUCUGUGUUAACAAGAUUAGGUAGAUUCAGAACACACCGUUCAUCUUGUUAUGUAUAGAGGCGAUUCAUGUUGAUGGUUGGGCAAACCUUUUUAAUUAUGCUGAUUGGCUUAUUCCCGAUGAGCAAGAACUCUAUUUUGAUUAGG